AAAGUCUCUAAACAUAGGAUACAGACAAAAGCUUGCGCUUUCUAUCUUGUUCUGUUCUCUUUCUAUAUAUCGUCAUCUCAUUGCCACGUGUACUUGUCGUGAGCUAUCCAGCCAAGCUUCCUCUUCAUUUCCUUCAGCUCCACCUUGAUUUCCUUCUUUAUUUUUAGUGCUUACUAUUCUAUUUAUUUGAAUUUCUGACAAUUUUUUUCAGGUUUUGAACAAUUUGAGCCUAGUUGAAUUUGUUCAGCUUCUUGUCUGAACACAGACACAUUGUGUUUGGUUUAUUACAUUUUUGUUGUUGUUGUUGUUGUGUUUGAGUUUGGAAAGGGAAAUUGAGAAGUUGAGGAGAUCUUUGGUUAAGUUUUGAGGAAUUUGGAUCUGGUGAGGGAGGAGCAGCAGCGCCAUCUAAGAGAUGGCGCUGUUCAGGCGAAUUUUUUAUCGAAAACCGCCGGACAGGCUUCUCGAGAUCUCGGAGAGGGUUUAUUUGUUUGAUUGCUGCUUCUCAACUGAUGUACUGGGAGAAGAUGAAUAUAAAUCGUACAUGGGUGGCGUCAUUGCCCAACUACAGGACUACUACCAAGAUGCUUCUUACAUGGUUUUUAACUUUGGAGAAGGGGAAAAGAGAAGCCAAGUUUCAGAUUUGUUGUCAGGGUAUGAUAUGACAGUCAUGGACUAUCCUCGAGAAUAUGAGGGCUGUCCACUUUUGCCCUUAGAAAUGAUUCACCACUUCUUGCGAUCUAGCGGGAGUUGGUUAUCUUUGGAGGGUCAACAGAACGUGCUGUUAAUGCAUUGUGAAAAAGGAGGAUGGCCUUUGCUUGCUUUUAUGCUUGCAGGCCUGCUUUUAUAUCGUAAACAGUACACUGGCGAGCAGAAGACCCUUGAAAUGGUAUACAAGCAAGCUCCAAAAGAACUUCUUCAUCUUUUGUGUCCUAUAAAUCCACAGCCAUCACAACUGAGAUAUCUUCAGUACAUUUCCCAGAGAAAUUUGGGUUGCAAUUGGCCGCCUUUAGAUUCCCCUCUUGCUUUGGAUUGUAUUGUUCUUCGACAUCUGCCCUUGUUUGGUGGGGGAAGAGGUUGCAGACCAGUAGUUCGUGUUUAUGGUCAGGAUCCGGCUUCAGCAACAGCUGGCAGAAGUUCUAAGCUCUUGUUUUCAACUUCAAAGAAUACAAAACAUGCUCGAUUCUACACACAGGAAGAGUGUGUAUUAGUAGAAUUAGAUUUUAAAUUCCGAGUUCAAGGUGAUGUUAUCAUUGAGUGCUUUCAUUUGGAAGACGACUUGAUAAGAGAAGAAAUGAUAUUCAGAGUCAUGUUCCACACAGCAUUUAUCCGGUCAAACAGAUUGAAGUUAAACCGUGAUGAUGUGGAUGCUCCGUGGGAUGUGAAGGUCCAGUUUCCAAAAGAAUUUAUGGCAGAGGUACUCUUUUUGGAUGCUGAUGCUAUAUCAACAAUCACAACAAAUGUGUUCAGGGAAGAUGAAAAUGAGAUAGAAGGCACUCUACAUGAUGAAGAGUUCUUUGAAGUAGAAGAGAUAUUCAGCAGUAAUGACACACAAGUUGAAAAAGGUGACCUGGAUGCUCAAAUAGCCGAAGAAUAUACUGUAAUUCAAGGAAGCAAAUCAUUCAAUGAUAAUGAUUCAAUAGUUUGGAAAGAGGAUCUAGAACAUCUGGCAUUUCUGGACUGUGCAUCAGAUGGUGGGACUCCCAAGCAAGGUGGUAACCGUAUUUUUAAUGAACUAAAAUCUGACAAUAGGGUUGAUGAGAUGUACCCUGCUGAAUUGGUUCAUGAUACGUCCUUCACUAAAGAAAGUAAGCUGGUGACUACUGAUAUGUUUGGUUCCACAAAAACUGAGACAAAGCUUACUGAUACCGGCAUCUCAGAUAAUAAAGAAAAUGAACAUGAAAGAGAAGAUGGUACCUUUAAGAUGCUAGAAACACAUGGUGUACAAGAAGAAACUAGUGUGAGGGUGGCUGCUGGUGUCUGUAGCACCUCUGAUGUGACAAAAGAACAUGAAGGAAAAGCAAAUCCCGUGGAAAUGCUAGAAAGGGAAGAUUCACAGCAGAAGUCGAGUGCUGAUGUUCCAAAACAUAAAUAUGAUAAAACUAACCCACCAGCAACCAAAAAGCUGCCCACUCAAAGCUCAAAACCAGCUGCAGAUUUAGGUAAUACCAAACAGACAUUCAAACAACAGGAUACUCACGGCAGUAUUUCAAAGCAGGCGAAGUCAAAUAAAGUAUCUAAGUGGAUCCCUUCUAACAAAGGUUCUUACACUAAUUCAAUGCACGUAGUGUAUCCACCAUCAAGGUAUAUUGGUGCACCUCCCAUGCCAGCGCCUGCGAAGGAUGGUCAUUUUAAAAGCAAUCCAAAGCCUCGGCCUUCCAAUUCUUCUGAAGUGAUCAGUAACCCUGAAUCGACAGAUUUUGAAGUAGAUACCAAGGCAACCACAGAUAGUGUAGUGGUGAAGGCCACCUUGUCCCCAGUAUUAGUGGCAUCACCACUAAAUGUGGCUCCGCUGCCUCCACCCCCUUCCACAACCACGCUUUCUGUGAGCUUGAGAGAAACCUCUGCUCAGUUUAACUCUCAAUCACCUCCACCUCCUCCCCCACCCCCACCCCCACCACCCCGGACUUCAUCUAGGAUGCAAAAUGAAAGCAGAUCUUCAUUAACUCCAUCUCCAUCUCUUGUGUCACAUUCCAGCACUUCCUUACAUUCUACCUCUCCUACUCCAUUCCUACCCCCUACGUCUAAAGCUUCACUGCCACAGCCUCCUUUUUCUCAUGAUUCACCCACAGUACCCCCAGAUUCUUUAUCUCAGGUUUCACCUUCAGUACCACCUCCUCCACCCCCACUUCCUUUUUCUCGAGCUCCACGUCUACGUCCACCACCACCCUGUACUCAAGUUCUGCCCCCACCACCAACCCCUCCUCCACUGCAGGGAUCCUCACCACCUCCUCCACCUAUGCCUAAACCCCCACCACCUCCACCUGUUUCAUCAUAUAGAGCCGCACCACCACCACCACCUCCUCCUUCAAAGCACGGGGUACGAGCCCCAGCACCUCCUCCUCCGAUGCACAGAGGAGUACCUCCACCACCUCCCCCUCCAAUGAUUGGGGGACCACGUCCACCUCCACCUCCACCUUUGGCUGGUUCAUCACCACCACCUCCUCCAGCGCAUGCUGGCCCUCCCCCGCUACAAGGACGGCCACCUCCACCCCCUCCUCCUGGGGCACGUGGACCUCCUCCACCUCCUGGACCCCCUAGAUCUCUAGGUGCCGGGCCCCCGCCCCCUCCAUUGUUUGGUGCUAAAGGGCCAGCAGCUGAUGGAAGAGGAGUGGCUGCAGGAAGAGGACGUGGGCUUCUGCGUGCAGGAGGCAUGCCAGCUCCGGCAACUCGAAGAUCUAACUUAAAACCUCUUCAUUGGAGCAAGGUAACCAGGGCACUGCAUGGGAGCUUAUGGGAAGAACUGCAAAGGAGUGCUGAUCAUCAGAGCUUGCCAGAAUUUGAUGUGUCGGAAAUAGAGUGCCUUUUCUCUGCCGCAGUGCCAAAGUCAAACAGGACGGGUGAUAAAUCUGAUGACAGGCGGAAGUCUCUUGGAUCUAAACCUGAAAAAGUUCACCUGAUUGAUCUGAGGCGUGCAAACAACACAGAAAUUAUGCUCACAAAAGUCAAAAUGCCACUACCUGACAUGAUGGCUGCGGCUUUAGCAAUGGAUGAAUCAAUUUUAGAUGCUGAUCAAGUAGAAAAUCUUAUAAAAUUUUGUCCUGUAAAAGAAGAGAUGGAACUCCUUAAGAAUUAUCCGGGCAACAAAGAGAAUCUGGGAAGGUGUGAACAGUUUUUCUUGGAGCUGAUGAAGGUUCCACGAGUGGAAUCUAAAUUAAGGGUUUUCCUUUUCAAGAUUCAGUUCAAUUCCCAGGUUUCAGAUCUCUCGAAAAACUUAAAAUCUGUCUUUGCUGCAUGUGAAGAGGUUCGGAAUUCUGUCAAGUUCAAGGAAAUAAUGAAGAAAAUUUUAUAUUUAGGAAAUACAUUAAAUCAAGGAACUGCCAGGGGUUCUGCGGUAGGCUUCAAAUUAGACAGUCUUUUGAAACUUACAGAUACCCGUGCCACCAACAACAAGAUGACAUUAAUGCACUAUCUUUGCAAGUUUUUUUUUCAGGUUCUUGCUUCCAAGUCCCCAGCUCUACUAGACUUUCACUCGGAUCUUGUUAGUCUCGAACCUGCAUCAAAGAUUCAGUUGAAGUCUUUAGCAGAAGAAAUGCAAGCCAUUAUCAAGGGAACAGAAAAAGUAAAGCAGGAAUUUGGCGCAUCCGAGAAUGAUGGCCCAGUAUCAGAGGUUUUUCGUAAGACACUGAAGGAAUUUAUUAUUGUUGCUGAGACAGAGGUGGCUUCUUUAACAAAUUUGUAUUCAGUGGUGGGUAGGAAUGCAGAUGCCCUGGCAUUGUAUUUUGGUGAGGACCCUACUCGGUGUCCGUUUGAACAAGUUACUGCAACACUCUUAAACUUUGUGAGGAUGUUCAAGAAAGCUCAUGAUGAGAACUGUAAACAGGCAGAACUGGAAAAGAAGAAAGCCCAAAAGGAUGUAGAAACAGAGAAGGCGGUGGGAAUUAGUCAAACAAAGAAAGUUGUAAGAUAGCAUGCAUCUUAUCUUCACUGCAUUCGUGGGGCUUUUAUUCUCUAUGGUCUUUUACAACUGAUUUAUGAAGCCACAGUGAACUGCUUCAGUAACAGAUCAAAAACGUUCCCUCGUCAUUGCCAAGGCAUGAAUCUCAAUGGUUAUUCAAGCUCGAGUAAGCAGAGUGAAUAUGUCAGUCUAAACGUCCUGCAAUCCUGGACAUGACUCAGCUCAUAGAGCUAUCGGGCUUAUGCUACUUUUUAUAUAUGCCAUUUCUCUCGGGAGCAAUCAAUUUAAUGUUGUUGAAGCUGGGAGGAGGUUCAGGUGAUCACUGAUCAUCCUAUGAGCCAAUCCAAGUCCCGAGUCUCGUAUACAGAAGAAAUAUGUGAUGUUCAUCCAAGACAUCAUUGACAGCAGAAAAUGGCUUCCAUCACUCCGGGAACCAAGUAUGAAGGCUGAUGUCUCAGGGACAGCACAUGAGGGCAUGCUGGUGCAGAACUAACCAUGUACAAACCUCUAACCUAACCUUUGUAGCUAGAAACAUAGAAAAACAAAAAAUAUGAAUCUUGAAACAUACAAGUGUAGGUUCACUAAUUGGAUAUCGUAGGGAUCACCAAGAGUUGUAUAUAGUCAUCCAAUCUAUGUAGUUCACUUCUGUCAAAAAAAAAAAAAAAAAAUCUAUGUAGUUCACUGUA